AUGUCUGGACAGCCCUGCGGUAGCGCCGCAGUCGACUAUUGGGCAUAUUCAUAUCGUGAUGAUCCUGUUUUGGCUGGCCUCGUUUCGCAUUCGGGAACUGUUGAUAGCUUCCCAGCCAACUCCCCAGAAUUGUCUGUACAGCACUGGGAGGAGAUAACCUCCUCGAUGGGAUGCAAAUUGGGUGACGUGCUUGGGUGCAUGAAGACACAGAGUGCAGCAGCAUUAUUAACUGCGUCGGGCAAGGUCAAGCUUCCUGUAGCCAGUAUUGCAGCCCGAACGCAACCUGCCUUUCAGCCAACCAUGGACAGUGUGACGGUUUUCAGUGACUACAGACUGCUUGCGAGGACGGAAAGAUUUGCCCAUCUUCCAUACCUCGCUGGGCACAGCCAUAAUGAGGCCGACUUGUAUAAAAUCUCAGCCUAG